CACCGACGAUGUGAGGAGUUCACACAUGACACAGGACUCAGUUUUUCUGAACUGACCGUAAAUGCUGUUUAAAUCCUUUGAACUGGAACCUGGGUCCUCUGUUCUGUUUUCUGUUAUCGUUGGCACACUGAUCACUACCAAGAUGAAAGCGUUUCGCGACAUCUUCAGUCAACUUUACAUUGUAGAAACGCGUGCAAGUGGCGUCGUUUUAAAACAUUUUGUACUUGGGAUCAGCUUGUGCAUGAUGUUAGCCUACAGCAUGUAGGACUAAGCUGGCUUUUUACAGUUGGGCAGAUUUUAUUGACUGUAGUGUUAGUCAAAAGCUGGUACUUUUUCAGAUGUACAUACUUUCUGUACUAACCACAAAUAUUCAGAUCUAGUAUUCUACAAUUGCCUUGGUUUUUCCAUCUUUCUCUGGCAGCUAUCAGACUGAGUAGAGGAGAGGCAUCAUGUACUCAGACUGGCGGUCCUUGCAUCUGGCGGUUCUGGGCGACCAGGGGCACCUGAGCGUCCUGCACAGCUACCCCCCGGCGGUGGGGCGCGAAGUGGCCAACGCGGUGGUGCGCCCCCUGGCGGCGGCUCCCGUCUCCGACGGCGUCCUCAAAACCGACAAAGAGGUGAAAUGGACGAUGGAGGUGCUGUGCUACGGCCUGACUCUCCCCCCGGACAGCGAGACGGUGAAGAUGUGCGUGGACGUGUACACGGACUGGAUGAUGGCCCUGAGCUCCCCCCGCGGCCCCAUCCCCCAGCCCGUCGCCAAGGAGCCCAACCUGUACGUCCAGACCAUCCUCAAGCACCUGUACAACCUCUUCCUGCCCAGGUCUGAGCAGUACAGCCCGAGUCACUAUCGGCUGUGCCACCACGUGCUGGUGGCGGUGCAGAAGCUGGCGCGGGAGUCGGGCAGCAUGGCGCGGGAGACCUGGGAGGUCCUGCUCCUCUUCCUCCUGCGCAUCAGCGACACGCUGCUGGCCCCGCCCACCGUGGGAGGUGGCAUCGCGGAGAAGCUGGCGGAGAAGCUGGUGAGCGUGCUCCUGGAGGUGUGGCUCCUGGCCUGCGCUCGCUGUUUCCCCACCCCGCCGUACUGGAAAACCGCCAGGGAGAUGCUGGCUAACUGGAGGCACCACUCCCCCGUGGUGGACCAGUGGAGCAAGGUCAUCUCCGCCCUCACUUCCAGGCUUCUGCGGUUCACCUACGGUCCCUCGUUUCCUGCGUUCAAAGUUCCGGACGAGGACGCCAACCUGAUCCCGGCUGAGAUGGACAACGACUGCGUGGCCCAGACGUGGUUCCGCUUCCUGCACAUGCUGAGCAAUCCGGUGGACCUGAGCAACCCGGCCAUCGUCAGCACCACGCCCAAGUUCCAGGAGCAGCUUCUGAACGUGAGCGGGGUCCCCCCGGAGAUCAUCCAGCACCCCUGCCUCAAGCAGCUCCCCCAGAUCUUCUUCAGGGCCAUGCGGGGGGUCAGCUGCCUGGUGGACGCCUUUUUAGGGGUCUCACGGCUCAAGUCGGACAGUUCCCCGCCCACACCCGUCAACAGACUGAGCAUGACCCAGCCCCCUGCCACCACGGCGACCACGCCCCCGCCCAACCGCAGACACAGGCCCACCGUGGUCAGCAGAAACUCCAGCAAGGGCUCCACGGGAAACCUCUCCCACCCUAAAGCCUCGCAGCAGAGCUCCACCUCUCCGCUGUCCAGCCCCAGCCAGGCCAGCGCGGAGCCCCGCCCCCCGCCCGCCCCUUCCAGGCCGAAGGUCAACAGCAUCCUCAACCUCUUCGGGCAGUGGCUGUUCGACGCCGCGCUGGUGCACUGCAAGCUCUCCAACGGCGUCAACAAGGACCACAGCAUGACCGCAACUUUUAUCCAAAUUCUUCUUUCUUAUAAAUCUUCCCUGGCCUCCCAGGCGGGCGUGGAGCUCCGGCGGAAUGGGUCCCGCAUGUCCUCGGGCUCCAUGGUCUCCAACCCCCUGUUCGACGUCAACGAGUUCCCCGACAACUACGAGGCGGGCCGGGCCGAGGCCUGCGGCACGCUCUGCAGGAUAUUCUGCAGCAAGAAGACCGGCGAGGAGAUCCUGCCCAUCUACCUGUCCAGGUUCUACAUGGUUCUGAUCCAGGGCCUUCAGACCUCGGACUCGGUCUGCCUGCCUGUCCUGGCCAGCAUCAUCCUCAACUCCUCCGCCCUCUUCUGCUCGGACCUGAAGGGCAUCAACCUGGUGGCCCCCUACUUCAUCUCCGCCUUGGAAACCAUCCUGCCGGACAGGGAACUGUCCAGGUUCAAAGCCUACGUCAACCCCAUUGAACUGAGGCGGUCCUCCAUCAGUAUCGUGCUGUCUAUGCUGCCUCUCCCACACCAUUUUGGCAACAUCAAAUCUGAGGUCCUUUUGGAGGGAAGCGACGACGGGCUCCUCCAGGACAAGGCCUUCACCUUCCAGUCCCUCAAAGUGCGGCUCAUCAAAGUCCUGAUCGGGGCCCUCCAGGCCGAGACCGACCCUCACAACACGCAUAUGGUCCUGGGUGCGAUGCUGAACAUUGUCCAGGAUUCGGCCCUGUUAGAAUCGAUAGGGCCGCAGAAUGAAAUGGCCAGUGUGGACAGCAGCUACACUUCCAUGAGGAGUCACAGCCGCAACAGCAGCGGUAUGAGCACGGCUAGCGGGGGCAGCUCUGAGGCCACCACCCCGGAGGCAGAGCGCAUGGCACAGGCCCUCCACCGAGACUACGACAUGGCCGCCGGCUUGCUCACCCAGUGCAUCCACCUGGUGACCCAGAAGCUGUCGUCCCAGUGGCGGCCCGACAUGAGCGUGUCCCUGGCCGCCCUGGAGCUGCUCUCCGGCCUGGCCAAGGUGAAGGCAGGGGUCGACACAGCGAACAUGAACCAGGCGGUGGGCGCGGUGUGCGCCUACAUCGUGCACCAGUGCAGCCGCCCCGCCCCCCACCACUCGCGGGACCUCCACUCCAUGAUAGUGGCGGCCUUCCAGUGCCUGUGCGUGUGGCUAACGGAGCAUUCGACCAUGCUGGGGGAGAAGUACUGCCUAAUGGAAGUCCUGGAGAUCGUGGAGCUGGGAAUAUCGGGGAGCAAAUCCAAGACCGGCGACCAGGAAGUGAAGCACAAAGGGGACAAGGAGCUUAACCCCGCCUCCAUGAGGGUGAAGGAGGCGGCAGAGGCCACUCUGUCCUGCAUCAUGCAGGUGCUGGGGGCGUUCCCGACGCCCAGCGGCCCCGCCUCCCCCUGCAGCCUGCUGAACGAGGACACGCUGAUCCGCUGCUCCAGGCUGUCCGCCACCGGCCGCAGCAACUUCCGCUACUUCGUCCUGGACAGCUCGGUCAUCCUGGCCAUGCUGGAGCAGCCCCUGGGGAACGAGCAGACAGACCCCUGCCCGUCCCUGACCGUGCUGAUCCGCGGGACGUCCGGCAGGCACGCCUGGACCAUGCAGCUGCACCACCAGCCCAGAGCGGCGCGGGCCAGCCAGAAGGUGUUUGUUCCUGAGAGCCGGCCGUCCCCUAAGAAUGACGUGGGAACCCACUACAAUGUGAAACACAUGUUCUUCCCUGAGGAAGCGUAUAACAUUCCCUUUGUGAAAGCAGACGUGAGCAUCCCAGACCUGGACGACAUUGUCAGCCCGGAGCUGGGGGUCCAGCAUGAGCGGCUGCAGAGCAUGAUGGAGCAGCAGGUGGAGUACGAGUCCUCUCUGGAGCAGCAGCGCCAGGACCUGUGGAACAGCAAGACCUUCCCGGACCCUCAGGUCGACUGCAAGCCCCCCUCCCCCGCCCAGGAGUUCCAGACAGCCCGGCUCUUCCUCUCCCACCUCGGCUUCCUCUCCCUCGAGGCCUUGAAGGAACCCGCCAACAGAUGUCUGCCUCCUCACCUGGUCGCGCUGGACUCGGCCCUGCCGGGCUUUUUCGAGGACAUCGAGUACCUGGACCUGCUUCCCUGCCGCCCCUUUGACACGGUGUUUAUCUUCUAUGUGAGGGCGGGGCAGAGGAGCUAUCAAGAGAUCUUGAAGAACGUGGACUCUUCGGCCAACGUUCAGCCCCACUUCCUGGAGUUCCUGCUGUCCCUGGGCUGGCCGGUGGACGUGAGCAAACACCCCGGCUGGACGGGGAACAUGGAGACCAGCUGGUCCAUCAACGGCUGCGGGGACGGAGAGGCCCAGCAACAGGCAGAGGACGCUGUAGCGCUGGAAGACAGCGGAGGGGGCGUGUUCAACGGGGAGAAGAGAGUGCUGUACUACGCGGACGCCCUGACGGAAAUCGCCUUUGUGGUCCCGACCUUCAGCGACUCCUCCCCAGCUGAUUCGUCAGAAAACAGCGAGCCCCCCGUGGAGACGGACUCCCAGAUGGACCCAGCGCCCGUUGCGCCCACACAGCUGAACCUGACGCUGGACCUCGUCCCCAGCCAUUCCGACAACCUGAUGGGACCCCCGCAGCGGAGCCCCUCGGUGAAGUCUAAGAAGCUUCCCUCAGGAAAAUCGGUACCACCUCUGGGCCCGGAGACAAAAGUUCUGGUGGUUUGGGUGGAGAGCUUCGAUGACAUCGAGAGUUUCCCCCUCUCAGAUCUCCUGGCAGAGACCAGCACGGGGUUGGAGACGGCCCUGAACAACAGCGCCUCCUGCAGGUCCCUGGGAGCGGAGAAGGACGUGCCGGUCCUGUUCAUCCAGCCCCUGCGGACGGGCCUGUUCCGGAUCCGGCUGCAGGGCGUGGCGGGGAAGCUGAGCACGGUGAUCCCGCUGGUGGACGGGAUGGUGGUCAGCAGGAGAGUGCUGGGCUUCCUGGUGAGGCAGACGGUGAUCAACGUGUGCUGGAGGAAGAGGCUGGAGUGCGACUCGUACAGCCCGCCGCACGUGCGGCGCAAGCACAAGAUCGCCGACAUCGCGGGCCGCUACCGCAACAAGCAGCUGGAGCCCGAGUUCUACACCGCGCUCUUCCAGGAGGUGGGAGGGAGGAGCCCCGACCUGUGACCCGCAGACAGGCAGGCUUUACCCGGGGGCUGCGCAGGCUCUACACGGGCUGCGCAGACUUUACACGCGCAGCGCAGACUUUACCCAGGCUGCGCAGACUCUACACGGGCUGCGCAGACUUUACAAACUGUGCAGAGUUUACAGACUGUGCAGAGUUUACUUUGGCUGCGCAGACUUUACAAACUGUGCAGAGUUUACUUUGGCUGCGCAGACUUUACAAACUGUGCAGAGUUUACAUGGACUGCGCAGACAUUACGUGGGCUGCGCAGACUUUACAAACUGCAGAGUUUACAGGGGCUGCGCAGAUUGUGCAGUCUGUACACAGGCUGCUCUGGCCUUACACUUCCUGCGCAGACAUUAAACAGACACUUUUUAUACGCAGUGUGACCUGCGGAGAGGCAGACUUUACACACGAUCUGCGCAGACAUAAUAUGAACUGCGCAGAUGUUUACAGACAGCGCUUAACACGGACUGCACGGAAAUAUCGUAUUUAUUUUCUUAAAAUGGGCAUUUGACCACUACAGAAUUUCAAGCGAAAGUUCACACGCGGACACAAGAGGGGUCCUGUCGGGCACUCACUGAUUUAAGCAGCUUCGUCACACGCACCCUGGAUCUUCUCUGUAGUGAUAAUCAACACAGUACUGGUGUAUAUUUCCCUCUCCGUUUUGUUCAUUUGUGGUGAAAGUUGGGAAGAAGUCAGUUCCAAAUAUUUAUGAAAUAAACCCUUUCGAUACCACCCUUCCUCCCAAAAAAAUAAUCCCUGGCAAUGUCUGGAAUUUAAAUUUCUGUAUACUCAGGAAGUUUAAGACUUUUUUUGUGUUAGCAUUCGUUUUUUGUAUUUGGUGCACUUCAACAGACUGACCUCCACUGUAGGCAUUAAUAUUGGCCAUUUUAGACAGUGUUCACCGGUUUCCAUUUUGGUUCCAUUCGUUCUUGCACUGAAACAGUUGGCAUUUUCCUGAGCAGUGUCUCACCAAAAGUCAUUUGGAAGCGGCGCGGCCCAAAUGACACGGCAUCACGUGACGCAUCGUCACGGCAACGUGCAAAUCCCCCUCAUGCCCCCCCCACCCCCCCGGCAUGGCUUCCUCUGCCUACGG